AACCGGGCGACCCGUAUCUAAAAUAAGAACCAAAAUAAGAACAACAAAUGUGCAGGAGGGAGAGGGAGAGGCGGGAAUAAAGCGACGUCAGGAGCGGUGCCGUGUUAAUUGCACGCGUUGGAUGGGAGGUGGCGCCCCACCGUGUGUUAAUGCACAGUGAUCGAUGCCUCCUGUGCACGGCUCACUCCCCAACCCAUCCGCACCAUCACAAAGCAGCCAGUCAAACGCGCAGCUCUCUCCCCCUCGCCCAGACAGAGCAGAGCUGAGCUACCCGCACAGCCAGCAAGAUGCUUGCGACACUGGUGGGUGUUUUUAUCGCGGUUUCGCUCGAAGUUGAAAGCAGGCGUCCAGAAGCGACCAAUGGUGUCAGUUUCCUGGAUAAUGAGAAAUGGUUGACUACUGUCUCCCAAUAUGACAAGGAGCUCAAAUACUGGAACAAAUUCCGAGAUGAUGAUUAUUUCAGAAGCUGGAAUCCUAGCAAGCCGUUUGAUCAAGCCCUGGAUCCAACUAAAGACCCAUGUCUGAAGGUGAAGUGCAACCAACACAAGGUCUGUGUAACCCACGACUACCAAACUGCAUUUUGUGUUAGUCGCAGACAACUAAUGCACAGCGUCAGGCAAAAAAAGGACAGUCUUCUUCGUAAACAAUGGAUCGGAGGAGCCAACCUGGUCAAAUGCAAGCCUUGUACUGGGGUGCACCCUGCCUCUGUCUGUGGGUCUGAUGGCCACACUUACUCCUCUAAGUGUAAAUUGGAUUACCAAGCUUGUUCUUCACACAAAGCGAUCACCAUGAGAUGCAAGUGGCCUUGCCCUUGUCUUCCUGGCCAAGAAUCUGUGAAAGUGAAAAUUGAAAAGACAGAGGGGAUCAAAGCCAGAACUGAAGGAAGAGAUGCAAAUCAUUCAACUUUAAAAGUAUGCAAUGAAAAAGAGCUGAGGAAUCUGGCUUCAAGGCUGAAGGAUUGGUUUGGGGCUUUACAUGCUGAUGCCAACCAUGAAAUACGGGUUAAACCAAUCAAGCAAACAGAGCAGAAACGAUUUGACACCAGCAUUCUACCGAUCUGCAAGGAUUCCUUAGGCUGGAUAUUUAACAAGCUGGACAUGAACUAUGACCUCUUGCUGGACCAGUCAGAGCUGGGCACCAUUUACCUUGACAAGUACGAGCAGUGUAUUAAACCACUUUUCAACUCCUGUGACACAUUUAGAGAUGGAAAACUUUCAAACAAUGAAUGGUGCUACUGUUUCCAGAGGCAGGGAGGUCUCCCAUGUCAAGCAGAAAUUAAUAAGAUUCAAAGGCAGAGCAGAGCGAAACAUCUUUUAGGUAUUUAUGUACCGAGAUGCACCGAGGAUGGGUAUUACAAACCAAUCCAAUGCCGCAGCAGCACAGGGCAGUGCUGGUGUGUCGACAGAUAUGGAAAUGAAAUAGUAGGCUCGCGGAUACAAGGGACUCCUAUCUGUGAAGAAGAUCAGGAGACCUCUGGUGAUUUUGGCAGUGGUGGGCUCCAUGUUUUGACUGAUGACCAGGAAGAUGAUAGAGAAACUCAAAAGGAAGAGAAAGUACCAGAGGGUGGUGGCAAUGAAGAUGAUGAAGAUAGUGAAGAUGACAAAGAUGAUGACAUUGGCUAUAUUUGGUAGUUGUAUUUAUUGUAUUGCUACCCUGAACUGUCAUAUUUUGCACACUGCUCUAAUUCAUUCUUACCUCGGUUUGUUCACAGUACUGAGGAUAUGUUGCAUCUGAGAUAAAACUAAACAAAAAUAACUUGUAGAUAUAAAAUGUUGAUCUAACUGGGACCAUUUAGUACAUCUGUUGAGCAUGCUCGGUAGCAAACUCCAUUUUGACAUGUGUACCUCCACAAAAGAAAGUUAAUGUUCAGAUUUACAGCAGGACUCCUGAAAAUGAGCAGUACAAUGAAAUCCAUUCACAUUAAAUAAUCUGUAACAUUCAAUGUUUUUCUAAAUAAUUUAAACCUAGACUAUGGAGCUUUCUUAACAUCAAUUCUUAGGCAGAAAAAGAUAAUCUCAACAAAAACUAAUUUAUCGUAACUGGAAUAUUUUACUUGUGCUAGUAAAAAACCUUUACAUAGAUAUAUGUUCCAUUGAAGUAUGAAACCCCAUCAUUAACCUCACCACUACAGCCAGGACCCUGUAGCGUCACAUUGAGCUGAACAUGAGAGUUUGGUGUCGCUAUUAAAGCCAUAAGUGAUAACAAUGAACAAGCAACUGCAUAAUAAAAGUCAAGGAUAUUGCCCCCAAUUUUUGAAGGAAUUAUUUUUAAACUAUUUACUUGGGCAGAGCUAAUAAUCGCUGAUGAAGCGGAAAUUCAAUUUAGUUUCAGCGGGAAGACAAUAGAAUAAUUCUAUCUACCUGCCCAGUAAUAGAGGCCUACAUAUCAUUUUGUACUAUCCUAAUUAUAUUACUGGAGCCACAUUAUUGGAAUUCUGUUAUCUGCCCCUACCCGUGUAAAAGGCGUGUAAACAGAGCUCAUUGAGAAAGAAAAUGUAAUUAAAAUCUGAUUCUCCUGUGAGGAUCAUACCUUCUACAUUAUGUGCAAAAGGGGCUAAUGCUAGGGUGAGCAUGUAAUGAUAAAUCCUUCAUUAGAAGACUUUUAUUCCUUGAUAUUGUUCUCUCUAACAGAAGAAACAAUACUAGUAAUUUUGUUCUGCCUGAGCAAUUAUUUAUCUUCAUAAUUUUUUUCUGUAUCUUUAAUGCUGAAAAUUGAAAGUGCCAGGCUUCGAAGAUUACAUUGAAAUAGUAUAUAAUUAGAUUCUUAGCAUUCCAUAGAUGGCACAAUGAUUCCCACAUUCUCACCCCCCAGACAAUACAGGUCUGCCACUGAUUGCCCGGCACCCUUGGUUCCAGAGCCCUGUCAUAUUAUCCCUUUUGCCAGAUCAACAGAGAUCAGGUAAUGAUGAUACAAUAGAUCUCUGACCCACUAAUUAUACCCAUCCCGUGUCUCUUACAGCACCAGGGAUUGCUAGAUACUUAAAUAAAACAAGUAUGAAAUACAGCGAAGCUUGCAUUUCCUGCACGGCCAGCCCAGGGCAAUGGUUAACGUGUUGCCCUCAGACGUCCUUAGGAAGGUCAGAUCGGUGGCUGCCUGUGGGGCUGAUGCUCUGCAUUCCCGGCAGGACUACCAAGCCGACCCCCACUGACCUGAGAUUUGCCAAAUCUGCCAGAAAUGUGGUAGGGUGGGCGGGCGUCUGGGAGGAGUCCAACGGGACCAGAACGGUCCGCCUAGGCCGCCGGCAUUGGAGGUCAGCAAUGGGAAUGGUUCCGCUUACUUCAGCCGGGCCAUAGUUCCAGAGCCCCACCGGCAGGGGGCGAAUUCAAUGUGCUGCAGCAUGGUGUUCAAUGGCAUUGUGUGCCUUCUUCUCUGGCAGAAUAAAUGUAGGCGAAUUGGCUUCUGCAGUCAGGUUCAGGACUCAUGACACAGAUAAGGGGCUGUCCCACUGCGGUAACCUAAUUGGUGAGUUUAGAAAAUUUUUCCCUCGACUCAUACUCGCAGCGUAGUCGAGACGAGGACCUAGGAGGCCUUUGUAACUCUCCUUCAUGCUCGAGUAGUCCCCGCGUGCUCGAGGCCCAGCUAAGUCACGGCUUAUUUUUCAUCAUGCUGAAAAAUGCCCGCGAGUAAAAAAAGGUCGCCAUGGAAAAAAUCGAUAUUUUUUUCACUCGUAGGUUUAGUCGAAGUAGGUUGUAGUAGGUCGGCAUGUUAUUCGUAGGUAAUCGAGGGUAGUCGAAGGUAGUCGUAGAUAGUCUUCAACAUAGUCGAAGGGAGGUCGUCUUCACUCUCCAAUAUUCGGUGUCCAAUUUUCCCGAAACUAGUCUUCAACAUAGUCGAAGGAGGUCUUCUACAUAGUCAAUGGAGGUCUUCAACAUGACACUUUUUUCAAACUCUUCUAAACUCUUCUAAACUCGCCAAUUAGGCCCCUUUAUUAAUUGUGAUGUUUAUGUGGCCAAUUACCUGGAAUCUGACACGUAACAUUUUUUAUACUUCAUUAAUGGAUCGUGGAGAUUGCUGGCAAGGUCAAAAGUUAAUACCCAUCUCGGGUUAUCUUGAACAGCUGCAGAAUGCAGGGUAUUCUGGCAAGUGACUGCUUCAGGGACUACAAGGCCACAGUGACAUGUGAUAUCCUGAGAAGCAAUGUUAAACUUGCUCCAGGGAACGCCUGGUUCAGCUGGCAACUCUUUUGGAAAGCAUUAAAAAAAAAUGCUUAACAGCUCAGUAAAACUGACUCUGCAUGGGCUUUCAGGUACACAGUUCCCAUUUACAGCCACUGCUUUCCAUGUAAUCAACAGCUUCGUCUGACGGAUCCUUCCAUUCUCCAACCAGUGCUGCAUCAGUCACCGGAAAAUGAGACGCUCAUCCCUUCUGUGCUUACACUGCACACCAUGUCCUUUCAGUACUCAGUCACACUGUUAACUUUAAGUAAACACAUUGCAGCCUCUUCAUACCCUAGUUUCAAAUUAACCUGGCUUCUCUAGUGCUGCCUGUCUUGGCUCCAGCAGAUUGGAUAAGCAUCCUCUGACUUUUGCUAGCACAUUUUAUUCUGGUGUAAUGCACAGUAACAGACUCCCAGGAUUUUCCAAGAUACAGAGUUUAACGAGUUGAAGUCAGAGAUUAGAUUCAGCUUGCAGCUGUACUGACCUUUUGACUUGAUUAAUAAAUUAUUGCAAGAUAUAAUGCAAGGAAUUUAUCUAAAAAUAAAAUCUCAAUGGGUAAAAACUUGUGUUGUUGAAUAAGAUCAGUCUUAUAGAAUUGACUUCAUGAAAGAUGUUUGGUGAUCGUUUUGGUUGAGGGAAGAGUUUUGCUGGCAGUUGUACACUAAAUGGCUGGUAUUUACCUUUAGAAAUGUCAGCAGAGUCUGAUCUUCUAACAAAUGUGAAAGUUUCAUACUUACUAAUCAAGAUCUGCUGGGUUUUCCCUGACAGAGUUCUGUUUUGGCUUCCACAAGGAGUCUUAGAAUUCUGCCUUUGGAUGCACAAUUCAAAAUUUCAAAGGUAACGGCCUGUCCCACGGGCGUCAUUUGCGCGUCACGCAGAUGGCGGGCAAAGAUUUUGUACAUCCCAAAAUCCUGGGGCGCCGCGCGCAACCGCGCAUCACUGCCUGCAUCACCACGCACCGUUCGCGCGUAAUACGAGUAAAUUAUGUUGCGUAAAUUACACGCAAAUGGCGCCCAAGUGGGACAGGCCCUGCAAUUUUACAGCUGCAAAGAAAAAAUAACAUAGAACAGAAUAUAACCCACUGUUGUCUGUGCUGGACAUUGCCUGCAUAUGAUCUAUAUCCCUCCAUUCCCUGCAUGUCUAUGUGCCUAUCCAGGUCUCUUAAAUGCCGUUCCAGCCUCACCACCGACUAAGUAAAAAACUUGAUCCGCACAUCUCCAUAAAUCUUUGCCCGUCUCACCUUAAAAAUAUGCCCUCUCAUAAGGUCAUAAUAAGUAAUAGAAGCAGAAUUAGACCAUUCAGCCCAUCAAGUGUACUCUGCCAUUCAAUCAUGGCUGAUCUGUCUCUCCCUCCUAACCCCAUUCUCCUACCUUCUCCCCAUAGCCCCUGACACCCGUCAUCUUUGAGAUUUGGGAGGAAAUAGGAGCACUUAGGGGGAAACUGGAACACCCAGGAGAGUAUUAAUGAGGACACAAAAAGUCCACAGCGAUAGCAUCUAAUGGUACUACCAACAUUAACUUCUUAUCCUGUCUCCCCUUAACAUACGUCCACUUCAGUGUAGGUCGUUGGUUGGUAAGAAUGCCAGAUUCCCCUUCCUCCUCCCUAGGCAAUGGCAAUUAAUCUUCAAUUGCACAUUGAUGAAUGCUUUGGAGCAAUGCAAGUUGUCACAUUUAAGAUAUUUGAUGAACAAUUACUUUCAAUGAUGCCGACCUGUUUUAUAACGCUUAAAAAUAUUCUGUACAAUAGCAUUGUGACAGAUCAACUCUUUAGAACUAGAUAUGACACUACUUUCUUGUAAGAUGACAGAAAUCGGCAGGGCUCUCAUUUUUAGCUCAUCGUUACUAUUGGUUCAACUGAUGAAAUAUCUGUCUUUCCUGACUGGAGGGUACUGUUUGAGCGAAGAGCCUGUGGAUCUUGUCUCCUUUUGCACUUACUCUGUUCUGGCCAUGCUACCUGUAAGAAGGGGCCAUAGAAGGGAGGAUAUGCUGCUGCACUCCACGUUCUUUUCUGAUUAUAUUUAAGAGGGACUUAAGUUCUAAACGCAAACUCUCAUUUAGCCAGCAAUAGAUGAAGUGCUGCUUAGGGCAAAC